CCCUGAGUUCUCAGGGGCUGGCUGUAGGGCUGGGUUACACCUCUCUCAAUCCUCCCCUCAGGUCUCUGCACACUGUGUUUUUCUUCCCUGUCCUGGGCAGCGCACACACUCACAUACACACACCUUUCUUUUUCCCUGGAUCCACCAUCCUGGGCUGAGAAGCCUGAAGAGAGGGUGGCAAGGUUUGGAGAAACCGUUGGGACGAUAGUGAAUCUUCACCAUGGCUAGAUUCUUCAUGAUCUUCAGAAGCUUGGUCCUGUUGCAGGCGCUCUGCUUGGCCUUAUCACAAGUGACCGGUCCACCUGGACCCCAGGGCCCUCCUGGUCUCCCUGGUCCCGCUGGAACGCCCGGUGCCGACGGCAUUGAUGGUGAGAAGGGUCCUCCUGGACCUCCCGGACCACCAGGUCAAAAGGGAGAGGGAGGUGAACCUGGUCCUGAUGGAUCUCCAGGGGAGGAUGGCAUUGAUGGUUUGAUUGGUGCUAAGGGUGAGAGGGGUCCUCGUGGUAAUCCUGGACCAAAGGGUCAGCCAGGGCCGGGUGGACCACCAGGGCGACGUGGACCCGGACUGCCUGGACUUCCUGGAGCACCAGGCCCCAUUGGACUUCCUGGACAAAUUGGGCCUACUGGGCAAAAGGGUGUCAUGGGAAGUCCUGGACCUCCAGGAUUACCCGGACCUGCAGGCAAGCCUGGUCCGCCAGGAAAGUUUUUGGGUUUAGAGGAAGGCAGCGCUGACUUCCAGUGUCCAACCAACUGUCCACCUGGGCCGAAGGGUCCUCAGGGCCUUCAUGGAGUGAAGGGACAUAAAGGUCGAGUUGGCGCACUGGGAGACCCAGGAAGCAUUGGAAAAUUGGGUACAAAGGGUGAUGUCGGCAUCUCUGGUGAACAGGGAAUACCAGGCCCUCCAGGUCCUCAAGGUCUGAGAGGAUAUCCGGGAAUGGUGGGACCCAAAGGCGAGACGGGACCACGUGGUUACAAAGGCAUUUCAGGACCAAUCGGCAUCCCUGGACGCCCUGGUGAAGAAGGACCCCAAGGACCACCUGGAGAUCCUGGGGACAAAGGUGACAUUGGAGAACUUGGCAUACGAGGGCCUCAGGGAGUGGUCGGAAAGAAGGGAGAGAAUGGUCUUCCAGGAAUUGAUGGAAAAGAUGGUACUCCUGGCAUCCCAGGAAUAAAGGGUGCUUCAGGACAAAAUGGAAGACCUGGAGCUCCUGGUCAACAGGGAGAUGCUGGUUUGCCUGGUAUGCCUGGAGCCAAGGGUGAAUUGGGAAUUAAGGGUGAGACGGGAUCUCGCGGUUCAAUGGGAAUGCAAGGCCCUCCAGGACCUCAAGGAGAACCUGGUCCUCCAGGUGAAGCUGGCAUGGAGGGAGUCCCAGGGCCAAAGGGUGACAGGGGUGAAAGAGGACCAGUUGGGCCUUCUGGUAUAAUUGGCCUGCCUGGAAGUAAGGGAGAGAGGGGGCCAAUGGGCAUCCCAGGUGGUCAGGGUUUAACUGGAACUAAGGGUGACAAGGGAUUUCAAGGCAAAGUGGGAUCAAAAGGAGACGUUGGUAAUCCUGGUGUAGAGGGAUUGGCUGGGGAGAAAGGAGAGAAGGGACAAUCUGGGGAGCCUGGCCCUAAGGGACAGCAAGGUGUGACUGGUGAUCCAGGGUACAACGGCCCAACCGGAGAUCCCGGGAAGCCAGGAGACCAGGGUCCCGCAGGCUUACCUGGUCCACGUGGCCUGUCUGGAGAAAGAGGAGUUCCAGGGAUGCCAGGAAUACAAGGAACAGCUGGUCGUGAUGCUACGGAUCAACACAUUAUUGACGUGGUCCUGAAGAUGCUUCAAGAAAAGUUAGCGGCGGUAGCAGUGAGCGCGAAGAGAGCAGUACUUGGGGGAGCAGGCGUGAUGGGACCUCCAGGUCCUCCAGGACCACCAGGAUCUCCAGGACCCCAGGGUCCUCAUGGACGGACAGGUGGCCGUGGCGUUCCUGGCAUGAUCGGGAGCCCAGGCCAAAUAGGAAACACUGGCCUUAAAGGGAAAAGGGGUGCAAAGGGAGAAAGAGGAGAUCUCGGACGCCCACACGCUGGGCAACCGGGACCACCUGGUCUGCCAGGUCCUCCAGGUCUUGACGGUGUGGCACGCGAUGGUAGGCCAGGUGAGCGAGGACCACAGGGUGCAGCGGGUGAGGCGGGCCGCCCUGGAAAAGCUGGUCCUGCUGGUCUUCCUGGAUUUUGUGAAGCAGCUGCAUGUUUGGCAGCAUCAGCCUACACUUCUCCCAGACUACAAGAGGCAGGAACAGUGAAGGGCCCAUCCACUUAAUUUAAGCCCUCUACUGGGGCAUAAGAACAUCUGGGAGAGAGAAAGAAAGGGGAGAUAAGCAUGGAAAGAGAGGCACACAGGCCUUCUCUUCAUUGGACACAUGGUGAGGGGGAGGGAACAGCCGUUGCCUGACAUUGUGAAUUAUUUUUGUGUGUUAGGAUAUGGGAUAUUUUAGUGUGCAUAUGUAUGAGUCGACAUCUAUGGAAAUGAAGUUUUAAGGUGGCAAUGUUAGCCAAAGCUGCUCUGUCCCACCUCACAAUACAGAGAGAGGUGAGAACAUUGCCAGUGACAUCACCGAUGACAUCAUCAUCAUCAUGCACCAUGGACUAGAAGAGCUGUGAGAAUGACAUUCAAACAAAGGUGCUGUUUUUGUUACUAAUAUUUUUGUUUUAUGAUUUUCAAGCCAGGAAACUCCCCUUUAAUUGAACCAAUAAAAGAGUAUUAAAAGCUACUUUAUUAAUAGAUUCAUUUACCUUAUGCUUCAUUAAACCGCUUCCCCUGCUUGAGUUGAUACACCGUGAUUGAAUCCGAAAUCGCCCCCAUACCCUCAGAUAGUGUCCAAAAUGUAGUGGAUGUUAUUGAGUGUUCUCAUUCAAUCCCAAAAUGCAGCGACAUAACGAGUGUACAGCCGAUGUUCGUUCAACAGCUGUCCGAAUUCGCUCAAAUGAACCGCAGUGAAUUAACAUAGGGAAUAGUGAAUGAGGGUUUAGGGGGCGAUUUCGGAUUCAGCCCAUGUGUACUUUAUGUCCCCGUUUGAGCCAUGAAGCAACCCCUUUGAUCUGUUCUUCUACGUGAGAUGGUGACGUGCUCCCAUUAACUUUGUCCUUGAUUCCAUGCUGUAAAUCUUUGUAAAUGUGUUUUAAUUUUGUAUGGAAAGGGUGGGAUUGGAAUAACCGAUCCAAAGUUAAUGGCUUUAAUCAGCAUUCAGGAUCAAACUCCAAACAUUGCUCAAACUGAAUUGCAAACCUGUAUGCCACUUCCAAGUUACUGUGUUAUGUAAUUAGAGAAGAACUGAUUAUCUUCAUUAACAACUAUUUAUUGUUCUUUUUUUUGGUUUGUCUGUAAACACAAGUUUUUUUGUUUUUGUUUUUUCUCUGUCUGGUUGUUCAGAUUUACCCCCAAUCAAUAAAGAAGAACUUUUUGUAAAACUCAAUGUUCUUCUGUAUCUUGAACAUCUGAGAGGAACAAUGAUUUUAACUUUCUUUAAACAAUUUAAACUUUCUUUCUUCUGGAUCUGACAUCUUUUUUGCUGUAAUAAAAGAUAUUCAUUUUGA